AUGAACUUGAAGACAUUUUUACAGGUACUGGUGCUCGGCAUGUUGCCGUUGCAGGUCAGUGGGUUCUACUUCUAUGUCAAUGGUGGAGACCGUAAGUGCUUCCACAGUGAAUUAAUGAAAGAUGCGGUUUUGAACCUGAAGUACAACGUGCAAUCGUACGACUCCCAGUCUGGAACGUACCGGGACAUGCGGGACGGUGAACUAAUGAUGAUGAUCGACAUAGAGGAGGUGUUUGACGACAACCACCGUGUUAUGCACCAGAAAUUGCCGGCGUACGGUACAACUACGUUCAACGCGGUUGACUCUGGCGAGCACAAGGUUUGCGUUCAGCCGCAGUUCCAGGGGUGGAUGGCGCGCACCAAGACAAAGAUCACGCUUGACUUUGAGAUCGGAUCGGACCUACUGCUGGAUCCCAAGAAGAAGGACAAGCUGCAGUACCUGCAUUCGCGCGUGCUACAGCUCGGCGAGAAGGUGAAGGCGAUCCGCAACGAGCAGCGGUUGGUGCGUGAGAGGGAGGCCCAAUUCCGCGAUGCGUCCGAGAGCGCCAAUUCGUGGGUUGUAUGGUGUGCGGUCAUGACGUUGUUUGUGCUUGGCGGCACAUGCUUCUGGCAGGUCAACCACCUGCGCACCUUCUUCAUGAAACAGAAAGUGUUGUAA